AUGGCAGCACCUGAAAAACAAUUUAAUUGGAGAAUUAUAAAACAUGUACUAGUACUCUUGUUUUGGUUCAUCAAUACUGGUGUUUUUGCAUAUUAUAUUUAUUCACAGGCAGUUUCAUUUAUCAAGACUGAACAAUCUCCUGUGACUUCAACUUCCUAUUCAUAUGAAGAUCCAUUGAACUAUCCGACUAUAACAAUUUGUGAUUGGAGUAGAGAAUCAUCAUUUGCGGCUACUUGUCCUGUUUGUACAUUUGAAUACAUUUCGUGUUAUUGGUAUAAUUAUGCAGAUGACACAAAUAAUCCAGUGGCUUGCCCUCUAACAUUUACCUUUUUUAAGGAUGGUCAAUCUUGCUUUGAGGCAAAUGCAGAUAUAAGCAAAUUGCUGACUGCCAAGAAAAAAGGAUAUCUAGGAUCAAUCAACAUGUUAUUUAGAAUUCCUAUCAAUUAUACUGAUCCACUUCUUAGUGCUUACAGACUUGGAGCUUCUAUCACUUUUAGAGAGCCAGGAACUCUACUGGGAAGCAUAUUUGCUGAAACUAAUUAUGCCAUUCCAGGUCGAUAUAAUUUAUUUUCAAUCAAAAAGGUGGUCUACGAGAAAUUGCCUAAACCUCAGACCACCUCUAUUGAUGAGAUUCCUUUACCAACAACAGAUUCUUCAACAAAAACAAUUUCAUACGAGGCAACCUAUUCAGCCCUCAAACGAGUGAAAACUGCAGACAUGACAGACAAUGAUUAUCUGGAGCAAAUUGAGGUGGCAUUCACAUAUGAAGAGUUAAAGACAACAACAAUUACAGAAAUUCAACAAAAAGAUGGUUGGAGUUUGUUUGGAGAAGUUGCUGGAAUGGCUGGGUUAUUGCUUGGAUUGGAUAUUUUGAAAUCGUUUAGACUUUUCCUAAUGUUUCCUCGUCUUUUCUUCAGACAAACCUCACUUGGAAAAAUUUGGGAAGCUAUGAAUUAA